GCGUCUUCCGGAGCUGCGUGCGCAUGCAGCCGCGCUUGCAGCGUCAUCCUGAGGGGCCGGUUUGAAUGAGACCCUGAGGGAGGAAAGCGCCGCGCUGCUGGAGUUCGUUCUCGCUUCCUUGUCGUGAAACGCCGCUGCUGACGUUGCCCCUUUCCUUCCUGCCUGCCCUUUCUCCUCCUUGUCCGCCUCUCCUGCUCGCUCACCUCCUUGGCCGCCAUGCCGCUUUACACAGUUAAUGUAAAAUGGGGCAAAGAAAAAUUUGAUGGCGUUGAACUGAAUACAGAUGAACCUCCAAUGGUAUUCAAAGCUCAACUUUUUGCUUUGACUGGAGUUCAGCCAGACAGACAGAAAGUGAUGGUGAAAGGUGGAACUUUAAAGGAUGAUGACUGGGGCAAUAUCAAAAUAAAAAAUGGGAUGACUUUAUUAAUGAUGGGUUCUGCUGAUGCAUUGCCUGAAGAACCAGUAGCCCGACCCGUCUUUGUGGAAGAUAUGACCGAAGAACAGUUAGCCUCAGCUAUGGAAUUACCAUGUGGUUUAACAAAUCUAGGGAAUACCUGUUACAUGAAUGCUACAGUUCAGUGUAUUCGCUCUGUGCCAGAACUGAAAGAAGCCCUUAAGAGGUAUGCUGGUGCCUUAAGAGCUUCAGGGGAAAUGGCCUCUGCUCAGUAUAUUACUGCAGCUCUUAGAGAUUUGUUUGAUUCCAUGGAUAAAACUUCCUCUAGUAUCCCUCCCAUCAUUCUCCUCCAGUUUUUACAUAUGGCCUUUCCCCAGUUUGCGGAGAAAGGGGAUCAAGGCCAGUAUCUUCAACAGGAUGCCAAUGAAUGCUGGGUACAGAUGAUGAGAGUACUACAGCAGAAGCUAGAAGGGAUAGAGGGUGACACACUUAUGGAAACUGACUCUGGAGCUUCAGGAGCAGCAGCAGCAGCACCUAAAAAGAAGAGCUUAAUUGACCAGUUUUUUAAUAUUGAGUUUGAAACUACCAUGAAAUGCACAGAAACAGAAGAGGAGGAUGUAACAAAAGGAAGAGAGAAUCAACUCCAGCUUAGUUGCUUUAUCAACCAAGAAGUUAAAUAUCUUUUCACAGGUCUUAAACUGCGUCUUCAAGAAGAAAUUACCAAGCUCUCUCCAACGUUGCAAAGAAAUGCCCUUUAUCUAAAAUCUUCCAAGAUAAGUCGCUUGCCUGCCUACCUGACUAUUCAGAUGGUUCGUUUCUUUUACAAAGAGAAGGAAUCUGUGAAUGCCAAAGUUCUUAAGGAUGUUAAAUUUCCUCUUAUGUUGGAUGUCUAUGAAUUAUGUACACCAGAACUUCAAGAAAAGAUGGUUGCAUAUCGGUCAAAAUUCAAGGACCUAGAUGAUAAAAAAUUAAAUCAACAGCCAAAGAAUUCUAGUAAAGGUGAUGGUGCACAGAAGGAAGUUAAAUAUGAGUCAUUUUCUUUUCUUGAUGAUAUUGGCUCCAAUAACUGUGGUUAUUAUGACCUGCAGGCCGUGCUAACACAUCAGGGGAGAUCUAGUUCGUCUGGACAUUACGUAUCUUGGGUUAAAAGAAAACAAGACGAAUGGAUAAAAUUCGAUGAUGACAAAGUCAGCAUUGUUACACCUGAAGAUAUUUUGAGGCUAUCUGGGGGCGGAGAUUGGCAUAUAGCUUACGUUCUACUUUAUGGGCCACGCAGAAUUGAAGUAAUGGAAGAUGAAGCUGAACAAUAGACUUCAUUUCUACCAAUUUCUGCCUAGGUGUGAAAUAAAUUUCUUAAUUCCAGAGCUUCGCAGAGGCUGUAAAACUGGUUCAUACAAUCUGUCAUUUUGGAGCAGCAAGGAAGCAAAACACCUGUUUGAAACUGAUCUGUGCACUAAAGCCACUAUUAGACUAUGCUGCCACUCAACAGUGGUUGCAAGUUGACAUAUUUGGAAUUAAUUUUUAGUUGCUGUGUUGCAAAAAGACUUUUAAAACAAAACUAACUAUUGGUGAAAUUAAGUGAGCCUCCUGGACUUAUCUCUAACAUCAUUGACAAGAUAUUUAUUGCACACCUAUUAAUGCAUCAUUUGUUGUUAACUCUUGCAUGGUUUCUACUGGUUCAGUAGCUUCUCAUCCUUUCUCUUGUGUCUGAGAACUUUGUCAGAAAGAUGAAAAAUCAAUUGUUGCAUCAACAUGUAACUCAGUGCUGCUGCUGCCCAUGGCCAAUGGAUAUGGCUACAAUCACGUAUUUGUCCAGCCUGACCUGCCAACUCAGUCUGUUCUGUUGCUGGCGUUUCAUGACUUUAAAUAAAUUGUGAAGUAAUGAUGGUGCUUCUUACAUAAA